CCUUUGGGGCCCCUGAGCCCUUCUGAAACCGGCCUUGGCAGUAGAUUAGACCCGCAGCCACCCUUUAUCUCGGCCUCGUGACUCUCGCUAGUGGGUUCCGUCACCCCCCUCAAGGGGCGGGGGAUCCUGUCAGCGCCGCCCUCUGACCCAUGGCCCGACCCGCGGCCCCCUACCCCGUCGUCGCCCCGCCCCGAACGGCUCAGCCCCGCCCCGCUGCAGGUUAAGAGGCCCCUGAAGGCAGGAGCUCCUGACAGACGGUCACUUGUGGGGGGGCGAUCCGGUCUGGUUGUCAUGGCGACGGUGCGGAUGGCCUGGGCCCUGUGGGCAGCGCCUGCGGGCAGGAGGCUCCGGGGCCCCCGAGGCACGGGGAGCGCCCGAAGGCUGAGCUGCGGCGCGCAGCGGCAGGCGACCAGGGGUACCAGCCCGGGACGCCGGCUCAGCACGGCUUGGGGGCCGGCCCAGCUAGCCCAAGAGGAGGCCGAGGGAGCCAAGGAUGACGUCCAUCCGUCUGCAGCGGAGGAGCCGUUAUGGACGCCGCCCCCCGCGCCCCCGGUUCCCCCCGAUUCCCCGGGGCCCCCCGCCGGCCGCUCGCUGGUGCAGCGAGACAUCCAGACCUUCCUGAACCAGUGCGGGGCCAGUCCCGGGGAGGCGCGCCACUGGCUCACGCAGUUCCAGGCCUGCCAUCACUCCGCCGACAGGCCCUUCGCCGUCAUCGAGGUGGAUGAGGAGGUGGUCAAGUGCCCGAAGGCCGUAUCCAGCCUGGCCUUCGCCCUGGCCUUCCUGCAACGCAUGGACAUGAAGCCGCUGGUGGUCUUGGGGCUGCCUGCUCCCACGGCGCCCUCGGGCUGUCUUUCCUUCUGGGAAGCCAAGGCACAGCUCGCCCAGAGAUGCAAGGUGCUGGUGGACGCCCUGCGGCACAAUGCGGCAGCUGCCGUGCCUUUUUUUGGCGGCGGGUCUGUGCUGAGCGCUGCUGAGCCAGCCCCUCACGCCAGCUACGGUGGCAUCGUCUCCGUGGAGACCGAUCUGCUCCAGUGGUGCCUGGAGUCCGGAAGCAUCCCCAUCCUGUGUCCCAUUGGGGAGACCGCCGCGCGCCGCUCGGUGCUCCUGGACUCGCUGGAGGUGACCGCGUCUCUGGCUAAGGCGCUGCGGCCCACCAAAAUCAUCUUCCUCAACACCACAGGCGGCCUGCACGACGGCAGUCACAAGGUCCUGAGUAACGUGAAUCUGCCCGCCGACCUGGACCUGGUGACCAAUGCCGACUGGGUGAGCACUAAAGAACGCCAGAAGAUUCGGCUCAUCGUGGACGUACUCAGUCGCCUGCCCCAUCACUCCUCCGCCGUCAUCACCGCUGCCAGCAUGUUGCUCACGGAGCUCUUCAGCAACAGGGGUUCGGGGACGCUGUUCAAGACCUGCGAGCGGACGCUGCGAGUGCGCUGCCUGGACAGCCUGGACCAGGGCCGCCUCGUGAACCUGGUCAACGCCAGCUUCGGCAAAAAGCUCCGGGACGACUACUUGGCCUCGUUGCGCCCGAGGCUGCACUCUGUCUACUUCUCUGAGGGGUACAACGCGGCCGCCAUUCUGACCACGGAGCCGGUACUGGGGGGGACCCCAUAUCUAGACAAGUUUGUGGUGAGCUCCAGCCGCCAGGGACAAGGCUCCGGCCAGAUGCUGUGGGAGUGCCUGCGGCGGGACCUGAAGACGCUUUUCUGGCGCUCCCGGGUCACCAACCCCAUCAAUCCCUGGUACUUCAAACACAGCGAUGGCAGCUUCUCCAACAAGCAGUGGAUCUUCUUCUGGUUUGGUCUGGCCGAUAUCCGGGACUCUUAUGAGCUGGUCAACCAUGCCAAGGGGCUACCGGACUCCUUUUGCAAGCCAGCUUCUGACCCAGGCAGCUGA